UUAGCGGUGGCCGGGGCCGGAGAGGAGGCCGGAGUUGGAGGAGAGAGCCAGCCAGCCAGCCACCGAGGGGCAGUGGGUAGGGGAGGCGUGUAGAGGGGCGGGUGCUGCUCCUGCUCCAGCUCUCGCGGGAUCCCUGGAGAGGCCUCUGCUGGGCGGGCGUGCUGGCUGGCUCGAGAGCGAGCGCGCGAGCUGAGAGGGGGGCGGGGCGUGUGAGCGGCCAUGGCGGGGCAGCAGUUCCAGUACGAUGACAGCGGCAACACCUUCUUCUACUUCCUCACCAGCUUCGUGGCCCUCAUCGUUAUCCCCGCCACUUACUACCUGUGGCCGCGGGACCAGCAUGCCGAGCAAAUUCGCUUAAAGAAUUUGAGAAAAGUAUAUGGAAGAUGCCUGUGGUAUCGAUUACGGUUGUUAAAACCCCAACAGAAUAUAAUUCCCACUAUAAAGAAAGCAGUUCUGCUUGCUGGAUGGGCACUGUUUUUGUUCCUUGCUUACAAAGUUUCCAAAACAGACAGGGAAUAUCAAGAAUACAAUCCAUAUGAAGUGUUGAAUUUAGAUCCAGGAGCAACUGUGUCAGAAAUUAAAAAGCAAUAUCGUUUGCUAUCACUGAAAUUCCAUCCAGAUAAAGGAGGUGAUGAAGUUAUGUUUAUGAGGAUUGCAAAGGCUUAUGCAGCUUUAACUGAUGAAGAAUCUCGAAAAAAUUGGGAAGAAUUUGGCAAUCCUGAUGGGCCACAAGCUACAAGCUUUGGGAUUGCACUGCCAGCUUGGAUUGUUGAUCAGAAGAAUUCUAUUUUGGUUUUGCUGGUUUAUGGAUUAGCAUUUAUGGUUAUUCUUCCAGUAGUUGUAGGAUCCUGGUGGUAUCGAUCAAUACGUUACAGUGGAGACCAGAUUCUCAUUCGCACAACUCAAAUUUAUACUUAUUUUGUGUAUAAAACAAGAAAUAUGGAUAUGAAAAGGCUUAUAAUGGUUUUAGCAGGAGCAUCUGAAUUUGAUCCUCAGUAUAAUAAAGAUGCAACAAGCCGACCUGUAGACAACAUUCAAAUACCACAGCUUAUCAGAGAAAUUGGAAGCAUUAAUUUAAAGAAAAAUGAACCUCCACUUACCUGUCCAUAUAGCUUGAAAGCCAGAGUGCUCUUACUGGCUCAUCUUGCCAGAAUGAAAAUUCCUGAGACACUUGAACAAGAUCAGCAGUUUGUUUUGAAAAAGUGCCCUGCUUUGCUUCAAGAAAUGGUUAAUGUAAUCUGCCAACUAAUAAUUAUGGCACGUAGCCGUGAAGAAAGGGAGUUCCGUGCACCGUCAUUGGGUUCUCUGGAAAACUGCAUGAAACUUUCACAGAUGACUGUCCAAGGGCUCCAGCAAUUUAAGUCUCCGUUAUUGCAACUCCCACAUAUUGAAGAGGACAAUCUCAGACGUGUCUCUAAUCAUAAAAAGUAUAAAAUCAAAACUAUUCAAGACUUGGUGAGUUUAAAAGCAUCAGAUCGUCACAAUUUAUUGCACUUCCUUGAAGAUGAAAAAUAUGAAGAGGUUAUGGCUGUUCUUGGUAGUUUUCCACAUAUCACCAUGGAUAUAAAACCCCAGGUGUUGGAUGAUGAAGACAGCAACAACAUUACAGUAGGAUCACUAGUCACAGUUCUGGUCACUCUAACAAGACAGACAAUGACAGAAGUGUUUGAGAAAGAACAGUCAACCUGUUCAGCUGAAGAGCAGCCUUUAGAGGAUGGUCAAGGAGAUGCUAACAAAAUGAAGAACAAAGGAUGGCAACAAAAGACUAAAGGAGCAAAGAAGGCUUCAAAAUCAAAGAAGAAAAAGCCUGUGAAGAAGAAGCCUGCCCCUGUCCCUCUGCCACCAACAAAACAGCAGAAACAAAAGCAAGCAAAUGGGGUAGCUGGGAGUGAAAUUGUCAAGGAUGAUGAUGAUGAAGUUUCUGAUAAAGGAAGUGAAUCUGAAGAGGAUGAUACUAAUAGAGACUCCUUAAGUGACAAAGAUGAUGGAAGUGAUAGAGACUCCGACAGAGAACAAGAUGAGAAACAAAACAAAGAUGAUGAAGCUGAAUGGCAGGAAUUACAGCAAAGCAUACAGCGAAAGGAACGGGCUCUCUUGGAAACCAAAUCAAAAAUAACCCAUCCUGUUUACAGUCUCUACUUUCCUGAGGAAAAACAAGAGUGGUGGUGGCUAUAUAUAGCAGAUAGGAAGGAACAAACCCUGAUAUCUAUGCCAUAUCAUGUGUGUACACUAAAAGAUCGUGAAGAGGUAGAACUAAAGUUUCCUGCACCUGGCAAACCUGGAAAUUACCAAUACACAGUUUAUUUAAGAUCAGAUUCAUACAUGGGUUUGGACCAGAUUAAACCACUGAAGCUGGAAGUUCACGAAGCUAAACCAGUGCCAGAAAAUCAUCCACAGUGGGAUACAGCAAUAGAAGGAGAUGAGGACCAGGAAGACAGUGAAGGUUUUGAAGACAGUUUUGAGGAAGAGGAGGAAGAGGAGGAAGAAGAUGAUUAAACAGUACUAUGAACAAACUGUGUUACAUGGGACAUCUCUACAAAUAUUUGACCUGGGAAAGGAUAAACUCAACACUGCAGAAAUACUGAAGACGGAAUUUUUUUAGUUUCUCUUUACCAAUUAUGAGUGCUUUAUGUAACUUCCCAGUGGAGGUCUGUUGAUCAGUUGGUAAAACCUGGGUGAUGCUUAUGGCUCUUUACAGCCUUUAAGUACAGGACAGUGCAUUUAUUCCAACUGAAAAUAAAAGCUUUUUUAUUCUAAAUGUCCAGGAGUGUGGGCUAUGUUGUCUGAUCAACUUUUGGUCCAAUAUAUUAAGAGGUACUAUUAUUAAAUAAAAGCAAUCUUUACAGCAAUGUUUCAUAUUAGGAUUGUUUUAUAACUUCCUUGAAAUUAACAUCUCAAGUUUCUGUCCAAAAGAUCUUUUGCAGUGAUAUUAUGAACAUGACUGAAACUGAGACUAUUCAUAGCUUUAAACCUUCUAUUUUGUUUGCUUUGGAGUUCAGAUAUUGGCAUCCUGCCCUUAGUUGGGUACAUUCCAUAUUGUCAUGAGGGUUGAUCUUUUGAGACUAUCUUAAGGGGAGGGGAACUUUUGCCUCAGAUUUUCAUGCAGGCUAUAAGUUUUCCUUGAUUUCUUAAUGACUUAAAAUACGUUUAGGCAUCAAGUAUCAGCAAAUCACACAUAACCUUUUUCUUUUGAUGAAACUCUAUGUGAAAAAUGAUUGUGGGACCAUAUCUUACACAAAGUGAUAGUUUAAUACAUAAUACCUUUUACUAAAGGUAAAACUAUCAGAGCUGAAAUGUUGGCUUUUAAUCUACCUUAGCCUAUCAGAAGCCUUUAAGUCAGACACACAGACACACUAAGAUACGUUUUUUGUAUUUAUUGAGAAUAAUUCAAAAAUAAACUGGACUAAAUUUGAUAAAACUUUGCAUUGUAAUAGUGCAUUUUUCCUCUAUACUGAGGGCUGAAUAGGGAUAUUAGCAUGGAAAACCAGGCUUCAUUCCCAACAUAAAUAAUUGCUUUUGAUUUUUACGUGUAUAUCUAGGGUUUUUUGUGAAGGAUAAGCAACAUCUCACAGAAAAUUCCACUCUUUCUUCCCACAUGGAAAAGUAAUAACUAUUGAUGUGGUUAGAAGCUAUAGAAAUACAUCCAAUUGUCAAUCAUGUACUAAGUUUUUAUCACUAAAUAUGGAGGAACUACAAGACUGAAAUACUGUAAAACAUUGUGACAAGCUUGUCAUACAGGAAAGUUUCCAUAUAAUGGAAGCUACCCAAAGGCCAAAUGAGCUGCUCACACUUAAUUUGUGACCUUGUUUAUGAAAUAGAGGAUUGUCACUUUAAAUGCAAACUUACAUUGUUAUAUUUCUUUGUAAUUGCAAUAGUUGCAAAUAAAAUUUGAAAAUGCCCUAAA